AGUGAUUAUCUGAUUUAUAUGCAAAGAAAAAGAGAAGCAAAACACAAGCAACUUUUGUAGUACUAUGGAGUUUGCGAGGCACUGCAUUUAAUGCUGAGAGAUGCUAAACAUUAAAUCUGACAACACUGAAAAGAGAGAUCAUGGAGAAGUCAAGUAGUGAGGAUUCUUCAAUUCACCGGAGUCCAUCUUUGGAUAGCAAAGACUCUGACUUUGCUAAACCUUCUACCUCAGGGAAGCAAUUUGGUCGAGGUUUUACUGCUGGAGCUUUCUAUGGUACAGCUGGAUCACGCACACAGAGCCACACUGGGGUCGGAACUGGGACCGGCGUUGGGACUGGCAAAGAAAGUGACAAAUACAGUGCACCCAAAGGCAGCAAAUAUGUGGUCUUUUAUCUGGAUCUAUCAUUUGUUUUCCUUUUAGAAUUUAAGAAGUGCAACAUGGCAAGAGGCUGCCUGUGUUGUUUGAAAUACAUGAUGUUCCUUUUCAAUUUAAUAUUUUGGUUAUGUGGCUGUGGACUGCUGGGCGUGGGAAUCUGGCUGUCAGUGUCCCAAGGAAACUUUGCCACAUUUUCUCCCAGCUUUCCGUCACUUUCAGCUGCCAACCUAGUCAUUGCUAUUGGCACAGUCAUCAUGGUGACCGGCUUUCUGGGCUGUCUAGGUGCUAUCAAGGAAAACAAGUGCCUCCUUUUGAGUUUUUUCAUCGUUUUGCUGAUAAUUCUCCUGGCAGAGCUGAUACUACUCAUUUUGUUCUUUGUUUAUAUGGACAAGGUCAGUGAGAGCGCAAGGACAGAUCUAAAGGAAGGUAUGAAGCUGUACAAUUCAGAAAACAACGUUGGACUGAAAAAUGCAUGGAAUAUCAUUCAAGCAGAGAUGAAGUGUUGUGGUGUGAAUGACUUUACAGACUGGUACCCAGUACUGGGAGAAAACACUGUCCCAGACAGAUGUUGUACAGAAAACUCCCAAGAUUGUGGUCGGAACUCCACUGAAUUAGUGUGGAAAACGGGUUGUUAUGAGAAAGUUAUGAUUUGGUUCGAUGAGAAUAAGCAUGUGCUUGGCUCGAUUGGGAUGUGCAUCCUCAUAAUGCAGAUACUUGGCAUGGCCUUUUCCAUGACACUCUUCCAGCAGAUUCACAGGACUGGCAAAAAAUAUGAUGCCUAAAACCUCUGAAACAUUAAUCACAUCAGCCCUUCUAUCCCACCAUACAAACAAACAAAUGGAAUGAUCAUGAAGAGUAACCAGCCUGGCCCUGCUGAGAGAAUCCGUCCUAUUGACUGAUUGACUUCAUCAUUAUUUGCCGAUUAUCGUCACAACUUGUGACUCAUUUUUGUCUGUUUCACAUUUGCCAUUUUUUGCCAAAGAGGGGGUGGUGGUGGGGAACCCAGACAAAUGGGUUUCUAUACUAAGUCAUAGAUCUGCUAUUGGAAUAUUUCCUUAACUUUAUUUAAGAAAGUGUUUUGCUAUACUAAUCCAUACUAUAUGCGCUCAAAUGAUGUAUAUUCAACUUUAAGAGAGAAUUCUACAAAGUCUUCUGUUUCAACCUUCAGGUCCAACUUACUGGAAGACUUGGAAAAGCCACUCAAACUGAGAGUUCUAAAAAUUGGAGCUGCUUGGUUUGCAGCUUCUUGUACCUUAUGGUAUAUACUUUUUUAUUAUGAUAAUGAUUAUUAUGAUGAUGGAUGUAGCUUAGAAUUUAGUUGCCUGAUUUAUAACUUUUUACAGUUUCUGUUUUUACACAUUUAUUGUACAUUAAUUUGGGAACCACUGUGCGAUCUCCAGAGGACGUGUUUUUCCAAGUUAGCAGUUGUUGGGGGUAAAUAAAGACAUGUUUUU